AUGGCCGAGUACAAGGCACUGCUGCAUGGCAUGCACAUCGCAAUGGAAAUGGGCGCAACACGCUUACGUUGCCUCGGCGACUCCGACCUCAUCGCCAGCCAAACAUCCGGCACCUGCGACGCCACCGACGCCAAUAUGAUAGCCUACAAGCGCGCGGUCGACAAGGACGGCGCCAGCUUCGCCGGCCACGUUGUCGAGUGGGUCGACAGGCGCAAGAACGAGGAGGCAGAUGCUUUGGCCAGACUAGGGUCUAAGCGACUGCCACCUCCUCCAGGCGUCUUCCUCGACAUCCUCACCCACUCGUCGGUACACGCGCCCCGAGAAAUUGACAUCGCCGAGCCGCCCGCACUCGACUCCACGCUAGUCGUCGUUGUCUCCGAUGCUGCAGGAUGGACAGAACCAUAUAUGAACUUCCUCGAGCAGCAAGUCUUGCCGAUGGAUGAAGCUAAAGCGCGCAUGGUCGUGCGCCGCUGCAAGUCCUUCACUAUCAUCAACAACGAGCUCUACAAGCGCAACAUCUCCGGCGUGUUCGAGCGAUGCGUAACCCCAGAGGAAGGUCACAAAAUCCUGCGCGACAUCCACGCAGGGGACUGCGGACAUCACGCGGGCGCUCGCUCAAUCGUGGCCAAAGCCCUUCGACACGGCUUCUAUUGGCCUACGGCUCACGCCGACGCAGCCGACCUCGUUCACGCAUGCGUCGGGUGCCAGAAAGGCAUGGACAUGGUGGGGAAGUUCAAGACAGCCCCCGACAGGUACACUCACCUCCUCGCCGCCGCGGACAAGUUCACCAAAUGGGUGGAAGCAAAGCCCAUCAAAAAGUGCGACGGCAAAACGACCACCAAAUUCCUACGGGAGUUGAUCUACCGCUACGGAUACCCUCAUAGCAUCAUCACCGACAACGGCACGAAUUUCGCCAAAGGGGGAAUGGCCGAUUUCUGCGAAGAAAACGGCAUCCGACUCGACCUUGCUUCAGUCGCACACCCUGAGUCGAACGGGCAGGCAGAAAGGGCGAACCAGAGCAUCCUCCACGGAAUCAAACCACGACUGGUGGUACCCCUGGAACGAGCAGCCGGAUGCUAG